AGCAGGCAUAGACAUGUUACACCCUGGCGAGCAGCUGCAAUAAUACUGCACCUUUGACUAAUUUAGGCAUAUAACUAACAUGCUAGUUACACACUACAGAUGUGCUGUAUCAUAGAGUAAUAUCUUCACUGGAUAACUCUAGCAACGAUGUCGUUCGUGUUAAAUGCCUUCCAGAGGUUGUUGCGUUCUCCCGUCAGAUAUACAUGCCACGGUGUAUUUAGACCGUUAAAUAAUGAAACUAUGAACUCUUCAAGUCUGGUUACAUGUUCACGGCGCUACUUAUCGACAAGAGAACGUGCAGUGGUACCCAGCAGUUACAGUGAAGCUGAUCUUGAAGUAGUGGAUUCAAUCAAGCUUUUGAUUGACAAGCGCAUUGCUCCGGUGGUAAGACAGGACGGUGGCGAUGUGUCAUUUAUAUCAUAUGAUCCGGAAACUGGGUUUGUUUACGUACGCCUUAGCGGUGCUUGUGUAGGCUGUGCCCAAAGCGACAUUACACUAAAGCACAUGAUACAGGGUACGCUGUGCCACUACCUAGAUGAUGUCACUGGUGUCAUGAACUGUGACGAAGAAGGCUUUGUAAUAUCGAGCACAGACGAAGACAGUGAUUACUAGUGAUCAUAAUAAUCGCGUAAAUAUUAACUA